UACACCUUAUGAUGUGUCCUAUAUGCCAGAAUUUGGAUUGUAUGAAGUGAAAAAAGCAAGGCAGAGCAUGAGGUGUUGGAAACCUGGGCUGAGACUAGAUUAUUAUCCUUUGCCUGUGUACAAGCUGUGUGGGACAAGAGUAAUUUCACUUAAGCAUAGCAUUCUUGACCCAGAGUAAAGAUCAAGUUCCUGACAUUUCACACUCAUGCUCCAAAAACCAGUCUCUCAUCCCUUCUAGUCCUCCUAGUCAUGGAUACAAAAAGUGCGCUUCUGUCCUUCAUCGAAUCAAGUCGACCUAAACUGAAAGACCCUGAGCCUUUGCUUGAGCGUCUACAAGAUUUAGGAGUUGAGGGACUGGAGGACCUGAGCUAUCUGCAGGAAAGUGACCUCCUUCCUGUCCUGCGGCCAGUUGAAGUGAGAAAACUUCUCUCACAGUCAAGGAACUCUACUUUGGCGGCAGAGCACUACAUGUUAUCUGUGGACCAGACCAUUGUGAAUGGCCGUAUCACUGUCUUCAGCAAGGCACUUAUCCUGAUGUUUGGCUCUUACUAUUGCAUGAACAUUUCCUAUCCAGCAGGCCAGGCAGCAACCUUGGAAUUCUUGCAAAGGGAAUGCGAGGAGAGAGGAGAGGAAUUUCGAGGGCUAAUCACCACCUGGGACGAGGGUAACCUUAGAACACAGGGUGUUUAUUCUCCUCUUGGGCACGGACGAAAAGAAGAGGAGAAAGCCACCCACUCACCUUUCAUUGCACCAAGAUCAGCUGUUCACCUGCAAGGAGCUCCGCUGUCGAGUCCGCUUUUUCUCCGCCCCCUGACACUAGUUUACGUUUCACCUAUGUCUCCUUGUUUAUGAGUCCUUUUCUGUUUGUGUCUCUCUCCUCUGUCCCUCUCCCUCUUUCGUUCCCUCUCUCUGUCUCUCGUGUCAGGCUUGCGUGUCCCAGUUUAUGUAUCUCCAUGUUUCCUGUUUUAUUUUGAAAUGUCUGGUGUUUCCAUGUUCAAUGUGUUUAGUUUUACUUUUCCCUGUGGCUUCAUGAUCAUUUGUGUCAGCUGUAUCUCCCCAGGUGUUUCCUGAUUACCCUUCUGUGUAUUUAUAUCCCCUGUCUUCCUUCUGAUCUUUGUCGAGUCGUCUGUUUGUCUUCAUGUCAGGUCAUAUCAAGUUGCAGAGUUUUCGCUUCCCACUGUUCAGUUUCAGGUUCAUGCUCAGGUUUGGCUUAUUUCAUAGUUGCGUUAUCCUGUUCCUGUUUAGUUUCAUGUUCUUGUCUCCUGUCAUGGUUUUCACAGUUACUUUAGGUUUCAGUUUAGUUUCUCCUUGCCUUGCUUUUCUGUUUUUUGUAUCAGCCAGAAUAAAGGCGGGCUUUUUGUUUAAACACCAUUUCUCCCGUGUCUGCUUUUGGGUCCGCACUGGCGAUCCUCGCCGUGACAGCAUUUAAUCAUUAGUUAAUAUUAUUCUCUGGCUCUCUUCCACAUCUCAUCUUUGUCCCGUCUCCUGCCCCUCACCCCAACUUGUAAUGGCCACAGGCAUGGAGCUCCAUGAGGCCGCUGGAGGUUUCUUCCUGUCAAAAGGGAGUUUUUUUCUUCCCAUUGUUGCUAAGUGGUUGCUCAUAGGUGGCUGUCUAAAUGUUGACAUUUACUCUCAGUUAUUAUAGGGUGUUCACCUGACAACAUAAAGAAUUUUCAAUUUGUAAAUAAACUGCAAAGACUGAGUCUGAAUUCAGACUCCUUCUGAUCCAUUCAUGACACUGUCAUGACACUGGGUUUGCCAGUAUGAGUAGAGAUCCUGCCUUCACUUCUAAACAAUAAUAUAACUUUAACUCUGAUAAACAGUUGUUUUUCUGCUGUAUUUCUUUUUCUUUUUUCUUUCUUUCUUUCUGCUUUAAGUCCACCUUAAAUUACAUUUUAUUUCAUCUCUUGUUGGCAUUACUUGUUUGGCUUUUUGUUGGAAUUUCUUUUUGAGUAUCCUUUUUUCUUUUAAACUCUCAUACAAACUGUUUAUUUGCAGCAACACAAGCUUAAAUCUACUGUAUUUCAGAAUCUCUUAUAAUACCUGUAAAAGGUUGUAAAUAGUAACCAGUUAGCAGUUGGUGGUCCCUGAAUCCCUGUAAUAUACAGUGCAUGUUUAUGAAACACGUCCUCACAAACCUCUGCGUGUGUGUGUGAGUAUGUGUGUGCGUGUAUACACACACCAUCUGUGCCUCCGUUGUAAUCCGUCACAUCAUCCCUUUGUUAACCUGCGAGGCCUCGGCCAGUGAAGGUGACGACCCGACACAACACUGUAAUGAGUCACUACGUGCCGAUAAAAUACCCUCCACUGCAGACAGCAUCUGCUCUCUCACGCUAAGCACACACACUCUCACAAACACACACAUAGAUGUUAGUGUGAAU